AUGAAGGUCAUUUUAAUCAUCACUAUAAUCGCUUCGUUAACGGCGGCUACGAGCCUAGGAGGGCAUGGUUUCAUUGGAUACGGUAUAUCUAUAUACGAUCCGAUCUGCGCCUAUGCCUGCCGCAAUGUUAUAAGCUUUAUGACUUCGGACGAUUGCUACGCAACAGAUGAUAGUUUCCUUCGCAGUUUUGCCUAUUGUAUCAGUACUCACUGCUUUGAUACUCCUCUCUCUGAUCUUGAACAUUACUGGACCAACUUCCUCAUAGGCCGUAAGCCUGGCCAGACUAGCCCAAAGGAAUCGUACUCUAUUACUCUAACCCAUAUUGAUCCGCCGCCGGCCGUCGUGGUCAACCCUACGUCGAUGCUAAGCCAAACUACACUAGUUGCUGAGGAAGACUAUUUAAGCGAAUAUGAUCAUGUCUUCUCUUUCCAGCAGGUAGAAACUAGGCAGACAGAGUUUGGGAUUCAAUGUGUUGCUAAUCAUAUGGGGAUAUUGAGCUUUGCUAACUUUGCGCUCCUUGUGCUGUAUGCAGGCCGAAAUAAUAUACUCUUGUCUAUUACUGACUGGUCUUACUCAACGUUCCUCCUUCUUCAUCGCUGGGUCGCAAUCAUCUGCACGCUCGAAGCAUGCAUGCAUGCCUCUAUAUAUUUAAAUGCAUACAUCGCCUUUGGCACAUUUGCUGCCGAGAGCAAGAAGACUUAUUGGAUAUGGGGAAUCGUGGCGGUUUCAUUAAUGACCAUUUUACUUCCCACGAGCUCACUUCCUUUACGUCGGAAGUUCUAUAGCCUCUUCCUCACUUCCCAUUUCAUCUUCGCUUUGAUAGCUUUGAUCGGCUGCUACUUCCACGUUUAUCACCGAUACAUGAACCAGCGGGGGUACGAGACGUGGGUGUAUAUCGCCUUAGCUUUCUGGGCUUUUGAUAGAUUUAUGCGCUUUGUUCGACUCGCACGUAAUGGAGUAAGAAAAGCCGAAGUCAGUAUUGUAGACGAUGAUUACAUCCGCCUCGAUAUUCCAAACAUUACCGGACAAGGCCAUGCAUAUCUGCACUUCCCUACCCUCACUUGGCUCGCAUGGGAGAAUCAUCCGUUCUCCGUGCUAGGAACUAUGAUGGCCGAUGAAAUACAAAAAGCAUCGAGUGUGGCCACGGCCGGCGAAGACACUAGCAUGCCUUCAGGUGAUAUAGAGAAAGCACCAGCUCAAAGGCCCAUCGCUUCCACCACUGAUGCCGUCGAUUCGGACGGUUCAACCUCCCCGCAGACCACGAGCCAAUUGUUCAGGCCAGGCUUAACGUUCUUUAUUAAUACUGCCGGAAAAGGUCUGACUGCCGCUCUCCGUAAAAAGAAGACAUUGCCCGUUCUGGUCGAGGCCUCUUACGCCGCCACGUCGCUCGACGAACUCCGUAUGGUCCCAAAUUGCAUCCUCAUUGCCGGGGGUGUAGGAAUCUCUGCCAUGGUCCCAAUUCUCCGUAUCCGUACCGGCCGUAUGCGUCUUUUUUGGGGUAUGAGGAAUAAGUCGCUAGCUGAGGCGGUGACGACUUUCUUAGGCCCAGAUAUCCUUGUACCAAAUAUAAUAGGGGAAAUUGCGGCCGGAAGACGAUUAAAUCUACGGGCAAUUCUAGGGCGCGAGGUCGUCGGGGACGGCGAGACAGCCGUCGUCGUUUGUGGGCCAAACAGCAUGGCGGAUGAGACACGAGCUAUUGUCUCUGAGCUUGGAAGAAAAAGCCGAGUGGUGAAGUUAGUUGAUGAGGCGUUUAGUUGGUGA